UUUACUUUUAUACGCGCCCUCGAGAUCCCUAAAGAGAAAAUAGAGGGUCUGUGUACAGGCUUGUUGUUUCAUUUAUACUGUAUCAAUUUGAAGUCAUUGUACACUAAUGACAAGAAGUGCAAAGGUCACAAAAUUAUGAAGACGUACUUGGAAAUCAGAUCAGAUAACUUUUUUGUGCACUCUUCUUUGACAGGACUCUUUAGGUGGAAAUGCCAAAACGUAUCUUAUCGCUAACGUACAUCCCUCUGCAAAGUAAGUGUAAUAGCUGUGGUGUUACAAAAAGAGUUAAUGCAAAUAUAAAGUAGUCCUUUAUAACAGAUAUGCAUGGGCUUGGGUUGGCUAAUGGCUCUUAAAUACUGCCACUGUGCAACCCAGAAGGUUGCAAAAUUUAGGAUGCAGCUGAAUGUAGCUGGAGGAGAUAAACGCGAUACAUUACCAAGACAUUACCUGUGCCCCUGUAAAGUAAAGGCAUGACGUGGAAAGAAGGGAGAAUGCUCCCCCUCCUUUCUUUUUUACUCCCUACGCCCUUCCUGUUCGCAUUAUUGUCGAUCUUGCCUUCUCUUUGCCCUGUUGGUGCGUGAGACUGGAUCGGUGCUGUGUUGAAUUGUACGAUGGGAAUGUUUUGGAGAUGCUAUCACUUUUUUCAUUGGCCAUUACGACGUUGCGCACGGGGAACUGGGUCAAAAUGCCACCCCGAACACCCCUAUAAAAAUCCCCUAUAAUGAAAUUCGACACAACGCCCACCCAAUCUCAAGCACGACCUCAAAACAACCAACCCCCGCUUCGCCGCUGGAGCUGGAGAACCUGUUCAUGGGCUAGUAAUACAUUUACACGCGGGAGCUAUUCACUUUGGUGGCAAAUGGUAGUUCUCAUCCACGGUGCUUGAUUCAAUUUUAGAAGAUUUUUGUGAAAUGAUCAUGUACUUAUUUCAGGUGCUUCGGCGAAACACUGUCCACGCUGAACUUCGCAAAAAGAGCAAAGAUGAUUAAGAACAAGGUACCCAACACGUGUUUUAUAUCUUUGAAUGGUUUAGCCUGCAAGUAAGCUCUCCAUUUCUAAGGAGAUAUGAUGGGAAGUCUUGCGAGAGCCGCACGCGAUUGGAGACGCAAGAGCGAGGGGUGCGUUCCCUCUCGGCUCGCGGUUUUCUAAGCUCGCCUCUUGAAAUUAACAGCUUUCGCGCAGGUUAUGAAUCAUGUUUUUUCAUAUUUCAACAACGGUAUUAAACUUGAUAAAUGUUUUUUAUUAUUAGGCUGUAGUUAAUGAAGACGCGACUGGAAGUGUUACGGCUCUCCAGGCUGAGAUUAAAAGACUAAGGGAAGAGUUGGAGAAAGCUAGAGGUGAGACUUUGUAUUAGUAGCUUUUGGUGAAUAAUGCAGUGUCAACAAGGGAAGUGUCGCCAUCACUAUGAGGGUCAAGGUUAUUACAAUUAUCCUCUACUAAACUAUGCAACUUUUAAUGGAAACUUCACUCUUGCCGUGCUGGAAGGUGGAAAAGCAGGGGCGGAUCUAGGGGGGAGGGUGCAGGGGUGCGCACCCCUCCCCCCUGAGAUGACCUGCGGUUUUCUAAUACAACUGGUAUUCUGCAAAAAACUAUGUCGUUUACUGGUGUUGAAGAAGAGCAAGAGACGAGUGCACCCCCUCCUAAAAAAAAUCCUGGAUCCGCCCCUGAAAAGUACAUUGGAACCUCCGCUUACAACGACCGUUAAUGAAUGUGCUUUAUUGAGGACGGGCACUUUGCUACACUGUACAUGGUUGAUCGUCAAGCACUCGACAAGAAAAGGAAAAACAAAUUUAACUGAAUUUAAUUUUUUCAUUUAGCCUUAGAGCGUGAAACCACGGAAAACAAAAUACAGUAAGAGGCCCACAGUGCCGCACAAACAUCUGACCAGUACAUUUCACAUACACACACCCACACUGACUGUGGCAGCCGGCCUUACAACUGACUUGGAAUCGGGUCUUCUGGUUUCUGAGGUCGAGUUUGGCGCCAUUACUGCUAACCUGCGAAUAUAACCGCUUCUCAUCGCUCUUCGUCCCAUUGACGGGGAGCGCACGGUGAGAGAAGACAAAAGACAAUAGGUCACAAAGACAAAAUGUACUUGGAGCAGGCUAUGCAGACUCAAAUUAGUAAUACUUUGAGUCCAAUCACUGUCACUAAUGUCGUCCUAUUCCGUGUUUGAUUGUAGCUGGCAUUCCAAGACAGAUCACCAGACAAGGUUAGUUUUUAAUAGAAAGCGAAGAAGAAAGUAGCAAUAUGACAUUUAAGAAAUAUUUAGCCUCAAAGAGAUGACAGAGUGGACAUGCGUUGUUAGAAACUAUGAUAAAUAUGCGCACAAUGCACUGCUAUCAUCAUCAUCAUCAUCAUCAUCAUCAUCAUCAUCAUCCGGGUUCAGUUUCCAUGGCAACUCGUAUGCUACAUGUAUGUUUGCAGUCAACUCAGGAUUAGCGCCAAACUAUCCGGUCCAAGAAAAUGUACGUGCCAAGUAAGCGAAGCGUGAAACGUUUAGGAGUGUACACAAGUGCCAGACGUAACGUAAAAAUCUGAGCCUGUUUACGCGCGAUCUUUCACACAACGUGACAGUGGAAAUCUGUAUCAGCCUACAAAGCAGGCGCUCGAAACCUAAAGAACACCAAGUAGAACUAAGAGGGUGCAGCCGUUUUUUGUCAUAUGCUCUCUAUUUCAAGCACCUACGUUGCGUUUUAUGCCAGAAGUUACAUCCUUUUUUUGUAUGAUGGUUUUAAUCCAACUUCUGAAUGCGAAACAUUUGUCGUAGAAUCAACUGAAGUAGCCCGCAAGAUUUCAGCAGCCCGUGGUGAGGUUUGUGCCGCCCCGCCUGACAGCACCAACGAUACCAAUAACAACAAUAACAAUUCAGGAAUAGACUUCAAUCAGCAGUACCGUGAAUGGAAAGAAAUGAUGCUGGCUGCUACUGGCGCCAGAGAAAGGGCUGAAGAAGAAAAACAGGUAAAAACAAAACUGGUCAAACAGGCUUGACUACCCGCUCUAUAACUAUUUAUCGUGUUGAGUUUUUAGCCUUUCUCCACUAUUUUCAUUGUCCACAUUUGAUUCUAUUCAUGAAUCAGAAGAUAACGGAUAUCCUCAAUUAAUGUUUUAAAACGCGCAACAUUUGAAACUUUAGACGAAUGGUUGGUUUUUCUUAAGACAGUGUGGUGCUGCAUUGGCGGAGAGAGUAAAAUAAAAAAAAUGUUUUUAUUAACGGAGUUGUUAAAUGUCAGUUUAUUCCUGUUAAAAGAUUCGAAAGCUGACGUUUGAGUGUGAGGCUUUCUUCAUUCAUUCACUCUGACGAAGGGCUUGCGCUCAAAACGAAUCCAAAUUUGAUUGUUCAACUGUCCAAGUACCAAUGCUUCCUUAGUGUACACUCGCUACAACCAGAUCUUAUUCCUUUUCAUGACAUCAGUGCAAUGCUUAACAAAACUUCCCGGGCAGGUCAAGUGAAUUGAACCAAAUGAAUCUUCGAUAACGAAACAUCUUGAUUUUUAGUCAAAAUGCCAUUAGUACCACUUACUGCAAAGAAACACCUUGAGCAGUGGGAAGCCGAGAAUAGCAUGAUGAUAUUUAGCACGGCUUGGGGAGUUAACUACAUUAUUGUAUAUUAUGUAAACUUUCUUUUCCACAGUGUUUGACUGAAAAAAUUGAAAAGCUAGAAGAACUGUGCAGUAAAAAGGAGAAGUUCUUACAGGUUCGUGUACAACUUUUAGUUCAGCGUCAUUUAUUUGUUUAUUCACAUGGCUUCCACUCCCCCUUCCCAUCCCCCCCCCUCCUCAAAAAAAGUAUCUGUGAAAAAUGCGGUAGAUCGCACAACCGAGCAGGGAUUCAUUUUAAGGGUAUCCCUAACCAACGAUAAUGAAUUAAACCUUUUUUUUCGUCAGUCUGGUUAGUUUCUUGAUGUCGAAGAAGGUGUAAUACAAAAGAUUGAAAAGACUGAAUCAUAAACAGCCUACUAGAACACAAAACUUAAUUGACAACAGUUUCCGCUACACCAUGAACAUCCACAGUCUGUGUACAGUCAACUGUUUUUAGGACGGACACCUUUUUUACUGGCAUUAUGUGUCCGUCUUAUUGAGAGUUAACUAAAAGGAGUAAAGAUAGACAGGGACCAACUUAAGGUGUCCGUUUUAGUGAGGGGUCCGUAUUUUUGAUGUGUCCGUCAAGAGAGAGUGGACUUUGUUACUGUUGAUAAAAUAACAAAAAAUGAUGAAAGAGACAUGAAAGCAGAGCUAUAACAAAAUUUAAUCAGUUUUUUUGCUUGGUCUUUUUUCUUCCUGUGUAACAUGGAUAUAUAUUUUUUAAUCUUCACAGUCAACGAAAAUGAUCCUUAAGUUUCGGGAAAGCACCAUUUCCAGACUGGAGAGACUACGAAAGCGAGAAAAGGAGGGUGCUGAUAACCAAGAAGACGUUAAAGAGAGGGAAAUUGUAAGUAGAAAAGUCGACUUCCCUAAUAAAUGAGCUUAUCCACCUGUACAACUUAACAAAUUACACUACUAGGAAAUACUUUCAUUAAAGCGUGGCAGCGUGGGCGAGCGGUUGGAGCGCUGAAUUUGCAAUUCGGAUGCCCCGAUCCCGUCCUCGGUAAAGGGUAGUCAAGUGGUGGGCUCUCGGCCAAUGAAAAGGAAGAAAAGUUUGCAUCGAAUGAUAAAGGACAUUAUUGUUAUUAUUAAUUAUUAUUAGAAACCCUAUGAAUUGCCUACGAAUUACCGAACACAUUGCUUUUCUUGAAGCUUAAAAUUCACUUUUCUUCUUCUCUUUUUUUUAAGCAACUUCUCAAAGAAGAAAUCGCUGUCAUGAAAGACAAACUCGAACAUCACCCGGAUGUCACAAGAUUCGCUAUGGAAAAUCUGGAGCUCAGAGGUAAUUGAGACAAUCUUCUUCGGCUUUUGUUCCCUUCCGGCAACAUUGGGUGCUGUCAUAUUACAGUUACAAAAUAUUUACUUGCAUUGAGAAUUGGGAUUAAAAAGGGUGAAGUUUAAGUGUCAGGUUGUCCAGAAAAGCUGUCAUCGCUCUCCAGUGUACAGGGUUGCUCUUUUCCCACAUUGCUCCAUAGAAAAUGAUUUAGGUGGUAUUUUUAGAAUAAGGGUAACUUUUAGGCGACAUGUUUUGUGGAACAGUCGCAGACAAGCCUGCGUGCGUUCUUUUUCCGCCACAUAAAUAAUGAUUUCUCAACUUUUUGCUUUUACUCUUCCUUAGCUGAACUGAAGUGCAUUCGCUCACGGAAUGAGGAAGAUAGGAGUUACGCUCAGGACCUCGCCAAGAGUCAACGAUACUCGCUUCAGUUAGAAAGACAACUACGAGAGCUGCUACAGUCACCACAAGGGAGUGGUCAGUUGCUAAAUCGUUUCUUUUUCAUAAAGAGAGCAGCCAAAGCCAAUCAAUCUAAUGCAACCAUACCUUUAAAUGCCAUUGCAUUGUGCAUCACGUCCAUAUUCUUGUCUCUGUUUUUCGUAUAUUUCCUUUUGUUCUGGUGAGGAGAAUUUGUAACAAUCAAGACAUUUUCUUUAUCCUUCAGACCUUCUUGUUUGAUUAAGGAGUUCAAGGGUUAAGAAACAGUCGUUUUUCCAAUGAUGAUGUUGAAUUUAGUGAUGGUUUAUGACCUCUUUCAAAACUAAAUUUUUUGCAAUCAAGCAACCAUACCCAAAUUCUGUAUGAAUGAAGUAAUGCAUGUAAAAAUUGUAGAGAUAGAUCACACCACUGGGCAAACUUCCCCCGCAAUUGUAAUUGUCUUUUGCGUGAUCUGAAUUAAUGGCAUGCACAAAUUCUUUUACAGAGCUGGAGAGAAGUUUAUCCAAUUCACUAUUGAACUUAGAAGCUUCAAACGCUGAACUUGAAAAGUUCAAGUUUGAAAAAGCACAGCUGCAGGCCCAAUUAGAAUCGGUAAGUGCAAGUAUGACAACCAGAAGAAAUCGGGACGGCUAUAGGCCUCUUCCUUGUUUCAGAGCCAGUUGUACACUUGUUUUUAUUUGGCCGAAGUGGCAUGCGUUUUGCCUAGUCCCUAGGCCUCGUUAUUGCGAACGGCCGAUACGUUUCUGGUCUCGUGGUCCGAGCGAGAAUCCCAGCCGUUCGUCUCGCAUACGUCACCGAAAUGCAUUGACCGAGAAGGCCCGGGAAGAAGCCGUAUUGCGACUAGGCAGGCGUGCGUCUAAACUCAAGGGUAAACGUUUUCUCUUUUGUCUUUGCUUUUUUUUUCUCUCGCACUGGUUUAGAGGGUUAAUUCUUCUUUUGAACAAACGAGCGAGUGUACGUUUAGUUGUUCUUAAAUUCUCAUUUAAGAGAAAUACGCUACAAUUUAAACCUUCAUUGAAAAAUAUAACUAAACAAUGCAUCCCUUGUUUGCAUUUAAGUACGUUUUUAGACACAUGUUUCAUAUUGACACCGAAUUUUAAGAGAAACUAAUAUUUAGUCUGCUGCUCUUAGAAAUCAGUGAAAUGGUGAACUGUUUCUUUUUUCCUACUGCCCAGACUCGCGAGGAACUCACAGAGACCCGCGAGAGCUUGCAGCAGAUGAAAGAAAAACUAGUGGGGCAAGAAGAGAGUUUCCGAAAGAAGGGCAUCGAUUUUGAUGCUGAAGUCCUAUCGCUAAGGAAAGCAAACGCUGAACUUGAGGUAACUUGAAGAACCAAUGAGUAUGCCUUGCCUCCUUAACUAGGAGUGGAGUAGAACAACUAAUUGUCUAAAUGAAACCUCGAUUGUUGAUUAAUUAAUAGACGUACAGUCGACUCCCGAUAACUCGAACCCUCGGUAACUCGAACCUCGCGCUAACUCGAACCAAAAUCGAUUUCCCCUGUAAUUUUACCCUCGGUAACUCGAACCCUCGAUAACUCGAACUCCCGCUAACUCGAACCAAUUUUCGUUUCCCCUCAGGUCAUUUUCUAUAUAAUUUUACCCUCGAUAACUUGAACCAUGUUUUGAGCCCUUAAAAAGUCGGGAAAAAAGCCGUCUACUGGCGUCCGAAACAUUGAAUUUUGGAUUUCCUAUUAACGUGUUGUAGGAGUAUAGUUUACUAAUGGAGGCUGAUGUUGAUUGUCACAGGCUAACGUGAAGCAGCUUUACUUCUCAAAACAGUAAAACGCAUGCUCUAUUUAGGCUAUGUUUUGUUACGGUACGUUCUGAUUUAUAAUCUAAAAGUACCUUCUAAUUUUCACUUGACAUUUCUACAAUUAAACGUGAUUAAAAUGUUCAAUGUGCAGUAAAAACUGUUUUUUUACCUUACUCUCGGCUAUUUUCUUCGAGCUCCCGAUAACUCGAACUCCCGAUAACUCGAACUUUUUUCGAUUUCCCUUGAAGGUUCGAGUUAUCGGGAGUCGACUGUAUUUGCGUGUCUAAAGAGGGCUGCGUACCAAUAUGGAGCGGAAUGUGUAUUCUUGACUGUAACCCUUUUCUGGCAUAAAAAGAAGUAAACUAUAACUGACGACAAUGUGUAUAAAUAAGUACCAGUCGUGUAGGUUGGUUGUGGGGAAUUAUCUUAAGUUACUUCUCAGGCCGCGAGGUUCGCCUUAUUAUGAUAUACGUCAUUUGUUCACGAACUACAGAUAAAAAAUGUCUCGAUGUUGUCACUUUCGGUUUGAACUUAAUUUUAGUAACUGAUGAAAAUUUCGCUCAAUUUUUAGAGAGCGCUCGAGGCUCAUCAACUAAAAACGGCUGUAGAGAGGACGACCCUUAAUGACAUUCACAUGCAAACGAUAAAGGUAAGGCUAUGAAUCUUCUACGAAAAGUUAUAAUGGGCCAUUCUGAUGUUGCCCCAAGUCUCUGCCAGGCUGAGUGCGAAGCCAUUGAUACGAUAAUGAUUUUUUAUUCUCAUGUAAAUAAAACUCAUUUUCACAAGAAAGGUUUUGCACUUAGCCUCGUUUUUAAUGUGAGAGUUUUUGGAACUCGGAAUCGGCCUAUUGUGAGAUUGCCCUUUGCUCGAAAACUUCUAAGAUUGCCAAGACUCAAGUUGUAACUGGUUGACUUAUUGAAGGAGGAUAAUUUAUUUGAGAACAAGAGCUUCCUAGACCAUGUAUUUUGCAAACUGCUUAAUAUUAUAGACGAGGCACGACUAAGAGCUAAGAGAACGAGAAUUUCUCAAUACUAAGUAGUGUACGCGCGUGAACCAGCGUCACGUUGGCGGCAAACGCUAUAGUCAUCCUCAUUCUACUAGGGGUUUUCGACAAAAUGUCGUAGUGACGGUAAAAAGUUAUCCAAUGUUACUAGAAGCUUUAUAAUUUUGCGAUCGGGAGAGGGCUUAACCUCCUUCUAGAAAAAAAAAAAAAAAAAAGGCUUUUACUUUUAUACUAAAAAAAAAAAAAAAAAGUACAAUGAAGUUUUCCGGUGUGUCUAUUUUUUCUGAGAAUACCCGAAAAGGAUUAAGUCAAAUUGAAAAUCUCAUCUUCGCAUACCGGUACAUACAAUCUUACAAAUAUCCGUAAAUCACUGUAUCUUGUAGUCACUGCUUGAAUCAGGAGUAAGCGGUGUACACUGUUUAACGACAGUACUUAUUAUUCUCGCUACAGAGCCUUACGUCACCUCGCAAGCUAUUACAACCCAACCGACUGAGCCCUCUCACCGCUGCUAGCACACCUAAAAGAUCUCCAGCCAACAGUCGGAAAUCCAAAUUGACCUCCUCUCCUGUCAUUGGAACACCUGAUGAGAAACCAAAGCCGCCUAAUGGACUCAUCAGAAGAGAUAGUUACCAUGAUGUCGGAUCGGACAGUGACACGGAUGAACCGUUCUUUAACUUCGACUCUGAAGAGAUGGAUGACGAAGAGUUGUAUUGUGAAUCUCUUUUGGAAGAACUCAAAAAACAGCAGGUGAAAGAUAAAAGCCUUUAUAAUAACGCUGAACCUAGCAGCCUUUAGCUCUACGCGUAUAAACCGGGCGACGAUGCCAUACCGGUUUGAAUCCUGUUGGGAACUAAGACAUUUUUUUGAUAUGACGAAUAUAACAUGUAUCUCUCAGAGGGAACUUGUGCUUUCAUUGGCUACUUUUAAGUCGCAUAUUGUCUAACAAUGAAAUUUUUCCCGCCAAACUCUUUGAGCGGGCAACAGUGCAAAAUAAAAAACGCCAGACCUGCAGAGACGGACUGUUACUUACGUGUGUUUUUUCUAUUACGGAUCUGCUAAUGUCUCUGAUUGGUUAGAUAGCAAAUCACUUACACUGUUAUGAGUGGUCAUUCGGGAAGCCAAAUAAAAUAGUGACUUUCAAGCAACGAAAAAACUCUAUGGAAAGUAAAGCCUACUGCAAAGUCUUGUCCUAAUCUGCUGUUUUUAACCCUGUUUUACCAGGAGAUGAACAAUAUUCAGCUACAACAGCUCCAGCAAGAAGAGGCGACAAGAAUACGACUGAACCAAAACGUGAACAAACUUGAGCACCAAGUACAAAAUCUUACAACGGUUAGUUCCAUUCGAAGUAGUCCAUUACGUCAACAACACUUUAGUUACGGAGACGAAGCUACCUGAUAACUUAACUUCUUACUGAUAAGUGAAUGAUAUUUGUUAUUUGUCAUGCAAGAAAAAUAAUAGGCGAAAAAGGCGAAGAAGCUACGUAUUGACAAUACACAUUUCACUGCAGUCUUCAAACUUUAAAUUUGACAGUGGCACUGAGGUUGUUUAGUAAGAGUAAGGGCGUUGCUUUCUCUUAGAUAGGCGAAACAGGAAACUGUAUUUUAAACCAUUACAUCCACUUUCGGUCUCCCUUUUUAAUGAAAAAUUCACCAUCGAUAAUGUAGUAAGUUGUCGUUCAUUUAUGAAUUUUUUUCUCGGUUGAAAGUUUAAUUUCUUUUUGUAUCGAACGCAUUAUCACGCAUAACCAUACCCUAAGAACAAAGAAAAAUAAAAUCUAAACCAAGACCAAAAUUAAACCUUAAGAUAUAGGCAUAUUGUCAGUUGCUUUACAAGGAGAAAAUGCUUUGGAUGCUGGUGUUUUAUUCCAGGUUCUUAGUACGGAGCGGGAAAAGCACGCAGCUAUCGAGACCGAGCUAAAUAUGAAGAACCUGGGUCUAGCAGACAAGCUGAAGGAGGCCCGGGGGGAGCUGACGGGUGGGUAACAUUAAACUUCUUCUUAAUCUUACCGCUAAAUAGAUUGUGAAAAAUCAGGUUAUAACAUUUGUAGUAUAGGCCUCAGUUGUUCAACAGCUGGAUAGCGCUAUCCACUGGAUAAAUCACUGUUCAGUGGAUAAGUAUUAAGAAAAUCAGUAAAACUAUCCACUGCAUGGAGAUUUAUCCGGUGGAUACCGUUAUCCAGUCAUCUUUUGAAAAACUUGGGCCAGAAACUCUCUAAUCAUUGUGUAGGUAAGUGAGGACGAAAAGCAGAAAGAUUUGAUUUGGAGCGUGUUUAAAGUACAUUCAUCUUCUUCUAGCCAUCUACAGAUAAGCAAGUCUGUUGCCAGACUGGGACGCCGUGACAUAGUAGCAAGGAAGGAAAGAAAAAAUCUACCUCGCAUUAACGUCCAGGAAAUUAACCCAGUUUUUGUCGCUCAAAGUUGCUAAUGUUUUGAGAUGAAUAAUGUUUACACUUCAAUGGUCAUGAACGUUUAAAGCAUGCAGACUGGCAAGCAAACGUUACCAGCGAGCCUCGUUUGUGAGCACAAAUUCUUUUGCACUUCUCUUUACAUCAGUAUUCUUUUCAACUCUAAUACCUUGAAAAUUUAUGUGUUUACAAAUUCGCAUAAUCUAACAAAUUUGCUCCUCUGACGUAAACAUGCCAAAGUGCUAUAGUAAACCUAGUUAACCGCUCUGAAGAACCUAAACCUUAACUGCUAGUCUGCAGAAUUUGACAGAUGUGCUAAACCUACAUAUCAUUUACAGGACUAGUCAGUGAUACGUUUGUCUGAUUUUUAACGCAGUUCUUCGCAGUGAAGUAGAAGACUUGAAAUGCUCGUUACAAGCAUCGGAGAGGCAGGUAGAUUCCCUAAAGAAGGAACGUGACAUGGAGAGCAUCGAAUCCGGCAGGAAACUUGCUUCAUUAGAGAGCAAGGUAUAGCAAUUUUCAUGUAUAAUUUCAUGUUUCAUUUUGGCCUUCAUGCCCACUGUAGUUUUACCUUUCCGGUUUUUUUAUUUAGUGCCCUCUCCUUCCGUUGCUUAUCACUAAUGUAUCGCAUUCCUCUCUCAUUGAUUACUCUUGGUAUUACUAACGGCGAGUUAGCGUUGGGGUGAUAUAUAUCCGUUAUUGACCAAACGUGAGGUCAAGAUGGCUGGAUAUUGACCAAGUUCUAAAAACGCAGAAAAGAAUGAAACCAAUAUCCAACCAUCUUGACCGAAAAGGCUUGGUCAGUAAGGGGUUUAUUUUAUGGCCAAUUGCGGGACACACGCGGGAAAUCCAGAGUGGGCAAGAUGGUUCCAUGCCCUCGCCGAUUCAGCCAUAUAAUAAGCUAACGUAAAAAGGACGAUUUAUACUUUGCGAUGUCACCUUUCAGAACUUGUGACCUCCUGAUUUAAGUUAGAAAGAAAAAAGAAAAUAUUCUGAAAUCACUAAAUAUGUUCCUUAUUGCUCAUUACUCCGCUGCUGUUUUAUAGAAUAGUGACUCAAGACUUAUCUUGAUACAAAUCUGUCUUUCAGCUAACAAGACUUGAAAUAGAGAACUACAACCAGCAGACAGAAACGGAGAGCACAAUAGAGAUGAACCAGCAUUUGCAGGUGAGGAUCUGUCGCUUUAUUUCUUUUAUUUUAUACAAACAUUUGUUUGCAGAUGACUCCAUUCCCCUGAUUUUGCGCGUCGAGAAAAUAGGUGGCGGGGAGGCGUUGGCAGAAAGACUAGAGUCUCUUCAGAUAUCAUCGGACGUUUAUAACUACCGUCGUUAAUUUAAGAAGAAACUGGAAACACCCGUGUACUUAACGAAAAGUUUUUCAGCUAAUCGUCGCAACUUUUCCGACAAUGGUGUAGUAGUUCAUUGUUUAUGGCGCUUAAAUAUGACAAAGGUUUUUUGACGCCGUCCAUGCAGCUGGUCCAGGCAUUCACAAUGGCUUCGAGUUCCUAAGUGAAGAUAUCCCUGAAGAAUUUCGUUUUAAAAUAGCAUGGCUUAGUCAGUGAAGAGAAGACCAUCGCAGUGAAAGACGCUAACUAUGCGGUUAUAGCUUACCGUUACGCGAAAUACAGGAGAUACAUCUUAGCUUCAGACGGCUUUGUAAAUCGAUGACAACAGUAGGUAGUCGUGAACAUCACCUUCGUGAGUAUAUUUUUCUGAAGUUUUUCGUGGAAUAAAAUUUCAUCUAACCGUUGUUGUUGUUGUCGUUGCAGGCGGAUAUAGAGACUCUCAGAGAUGAACUGGAAUUUAAGAACCAUAAAAUCGAUGAAUAUGAGAAUAUGUUGCAGUCUGAGAGGCAACGUGUGAAGGACUUGGGGCAAGAGCUACAGGUACGUAACCCCUAUCAAUACUAAUUAUUAUUGUUUAGUUAGUAUUUUCUCAUAUUAUAUGGCCCUACUGCGCUUGCAAAAGCGCAGCAUAUCUGCGGGCAAACAGUGCAGCCGUCAGGUAACAUCAUUGAUUAAUAAUGAUAAUAAUCGUUAUCAUCGUCGUCAUCAUCAUUAUUGUAAUGAUGAUAAUAACAAUAAUUAUCAUAAUAAUGAUGAUGAUAAUGUUUAAAGAAAAGGCCCAACUCUCAGUGCUGGUUUUCAAUAGGGCCCUUAUUAGUAUAGAUUUUCACCUGCGCUUCGUUCAAGCGGUGAACUAAUUGACUUUGAUGUAUUUUUAGGGAACUUUGGAAAAAUUAGACAUACAGACGGAGACAAAUAACAAGUUACUCGCCCAACAAGACAAACAACAGGUGAGAUUCAUGUUUUGAAUCCAAGUGACAAUAGUUCAGUCACCUCGUGUUUUUUGUGAGGAUUAGGGCGGGGGAGAGAGAGAGGCUAGAUUCUUACUCUCAUCCUUCAUGUCUUACCUCUGGUUUUUCUUUACUGUCUCGUAUUUCAUUUCGGGUCAAUUAUGUUAAUCAUUCUGUAGAGUCCUUCUAGUUAACGCAGAAGCAACAUUUUCUUUGUAAGUAUGUAACAGUAAUUCCAUCUAAAGGGUAAUGUUAACUUCUGUUGAGUCUGAUAAUGUCGUUUGAUUUCAGGAUAUGGUGCGAGCGCUAGAACAGCUGGUAGCACUCAGGACAGAACUACAAGAAAGUACCUCCACAUGCGAGCAGCAGGUUGGUGUUUCAUUUUAUAUGUGCGAGGACAUUACAUGAAACAAAAUCAGUUCCGCGCGUCUGUUCGAUUUUUUUCCGGUUCGUUAGGGAUCACCUUUCUCUCUUCUUUCUCUUCAACAGUAGUGUACAGAACCGCAGGAAAAAGCUAUGUUCUAAAUGACUAACAUGUGAGUUUUAUUAUGACACAACAGGCCCAGAAAAUACACUCGUUGUCAAAUGAACUCGAUGAAGCAAAGACUACAAUCAGAAUGUUGAACAAGCGAAACGAAUCUGACAUCGUAAGUAGCUGUUCCUUAGUCACUGAAGAGAAAUAAGGUCUUGAUGAAGAACAUUUUUCAUGGGUGCGAAGAGAAAUAUCCAUGUAAUGAUUUAAAUUUAUUGAUAGAUGCUAUGCCUUUGUCUGGAUAUGCUUUUGGAUGAUUUUGCGGCGAUUAUUACCGUGCGAAUAGAGUCUUCUUCAGAUGUUCGAAGGAGUCUCUGCUCGUAGGGAAGGAGAGUAUCCGCCAAAGAUGUCCGAAACUGGUUUGACCUGUUGCCGUUGAGGACUCGUUGUUUCUCUUAUUAGCCUGUGAGCAAGCUCUCUAGGGCGCUCUGGGGCGAGGGACGGGGGACCCACCACUCCCCUUUCUUGAUUGCGUAGUAUACUAGAUCCAUUCUUUUGGCUUGGAAUUUAUUUAUCUUACGGUAGACAUCAUGAAAUAUCCUCAGUCUACAUGCAAAGAUAAUAGUGCUUAAGAUAUUUCUAUCGUGGGAAUACUAACUCUCCUUAUUUUAUAUACUCUAAAGAAUGAUAAAGUGUAACAAACUGACGUUGCGCAUUGUUUUGCUGUUGUUGCAGGACUGUGUAAAUAAUUUGAUGGAGUCAGUGAAAAGCUUAAAGAAGAACCUUGGCGAAAAAGAUGUGAGUAGUUAAGAUAACGUUUUCUUUUUGGUUUAUAAGCUUCGCCGUAAUAUUUGCCAUAAUAAGAGUAACGAAAAGAUAUCACUUCAGGCUAGAAUUGCUAUAAUUUAAGCCUCUUUUACACCAGCAGGUUUUUCUUUACGGGGUGUGGAAAAAAUGGGACGUUAGUUCCUUGUCAACGAAAACUUAACAUCUGUUAACGUUCUCUGUUGCAGAGCGAAUUAUCUUUCGUUAGAAACCAACUGGAGGAAAGUAAAAUCCAACAACAGGAGCUGACAGAUAGCAUCGAGGAAAAGGUAAUGCUGGUUCACCUAGAGUAAAGUAGGAUUUCUGCUGGCUGAAUAGGGUACGCACACAUUUCAUGUUCGUCAGUCUUAAUUGUAGCCAUGAUUGCUCCAGUUCAAAUUAUCAGUCUUAGAGUUAUGUCCUCCUUAUGCAAAGUCAUAACUGGCUUGAAAAGCUACCUUACUGGCUGCGUGCAGUAAACAUGGGUCGAUACCGCACUAACCUAGGGUGUGCAGCAAGGGUCUAUCUUGGACCCUAUGUUGUUCAGCUUACAUAUCAUCGAUACAAAAAUGUCGCCAAAGUUAAUUUACUGGUGUGUAAUUGAUGUUUCUCCUAAGUUUCGGCUUGUACUUGUUAUUGUUAACACCCUUUUUUUCCACAGAAACGAACCAUAGAAAAACUAAAGGAUAAACUCGAUCGAGAAACAGAGAAGUUUAACAAGGAAAGAUUAGAUCGCGAAACAGAAGUAAGUCUUGCAAAUUACAUUAAUUACCCUCUUUGCAGUAAUAAGGACUAAAUAUUAUCCCAGACUUCCUAUCGCACAACAAAAAAGGAACCUGGAAACUAGGUUGCAGUGACUUCGUCCACUUGAGAUUGUCAGUGGUGCACCUUUUUUGGCCCUGAGUUUUACAUUUUUAUUGUGUAGCCUGUUAUAUCAAUAGGCGUGCUUGCGAAUAGUAUACAACUAUCUCCCGAAGGAGAGGUGAAUACAAUAGUGGUGGAAAAUGCCUCGAAGACGCCAUCUUGGCUCCGGUCGCAAAACAGUGAAUAUCAAAGGAUGUUAGAUACAUAGAUGUGAAUAUCAGGGCAUUUUCCAAAUUAAAUGAUUGGUCGCUUGAGCAAUUAGUAUUGUUUACUGUAUUUUACAGAUUGGCUUGACUCACAGCAAUUGAAGUUGGUAAACCCUACGGUAUUCUGAUUUUGUUUUCUUUUUUUUUUGUCUGUGACAGAUGGGCCAGUUAAGAGAUGAUCUCCGUCGCACGACAGAACAGUAUAGAGAGCUCAACCAAGCCCUUGCUCAGCAACAGCAACAAAUGACGUCUCUUCAGGUGAGUAAAUCAUUAAUAACCAACUUCUACACACUUUUAAUAUUGUCUUAAAUAAAUACUGGUUUUAACAACUGCAUCACAAUGUAUGGAAGAUGGGUGCCUGGGAUGUCUGAGGGCCUCCACUGUAGCCAGCCGGUCCUAGACAGAGAACUGCUCCCAUGGCUGGUAAUUCCGGCAACACAGCCAUUAGUCCCCACCCCAAACCAAUUUGUCCAGGCAACCGUCACACUGUGUGAAAGACGGGUGCUUGGGAUGUCUGGGUGCCUCCAUUGUAGCCAGCUGGCACCUACAAUCCUGGACAAAACUACUUGAGAAAAUGUUUUCAUUAAUGUGCACUACCUAACGCAACAAAACUACUUCUAAAUCAACGGCUUUGCGUAAAGAAAACCCCCUCCCCCAGUUCAAAGUUGCUUCCUACAAAUGCUUAGGGAUCCGGCUUUCUUUUGAAGACCCAACAACACUGCUUCCAGGGGGAGAGGGGGAGGGAAGAAUGGGUCGGCUACGAAGUUUAGAAAAAAUGACCCCCAAGAAGGCAAUUUUCUCAACAGUUUUGUCCAAGAUUGUAUAUAAGGUGAUUCGCGUUUUUUAGCAAGAAUAUUAACACGGACAAAACGGAAACCUACCAAUAAAAAGCACUUUACAGAAGCUCCUUUAAGCACAAAGUUUCACGGCACACCAUCUUCUCAUAGAAAAGUACCACCUCAUACACGUUUUUGGCUGUACCCUCUUAAAACAGUAAGAUUUUGCGAUAGCCGUAGAACGCGUGCUCAUUGUUACAUGUUUUCGUGUUGUUCAAACCUGGCAGGCUUGGAAAGUGUGGAAAGUGAUUUAUAGUUUUCAGAAGAGUCAGGAAAAGACUUGGAUGACGGUUUUCUUAGAAGAAAAGAAGUUCGUAGUGUUUAUUUAGUGACGUAUAGUGAAGCCAAUAUGGAAACGUAUCCCGUCACGUGGAAACUGCUUCUCAAAUCCUAAAAUUCGCUAAACUAUGAAGGUUACAGAAACCUCGUUUGCUACAAAUCGGUUAACUUUUUAUAAUAAUUCCAUGGAUAGAAUAAUGUUACGAUUAACAAAGCAUUGAAACGGUUAACACCAUUUCGUUUUUAAAAGUAAAUGACCUUCUGAUUCUUUUCACACGUCCUUGUUAAUCGUUGUUAACCGUUGCGAAUCUUGGUAGCACCCUGAAAAUGUCCUGUUAAUCGUUCCGAAUCUUAGAUAUUGUGGAGAGAAAGAGAUUAGAAGACAACUAUGGCAAUUUUUACUAUCUCUUGCUUUACAAAUGAUGAAUUUAUCUCAUAAUUUCUUCCAGUCAUAUGUAAGCUAUAAAUAGCCCGAGGGCAAAACAUGCACUCUUACAGGUCACACGAUAGUACAUCUUGUCACGUUACCGCGCGUGACAUUUCUAGAUUUCAUAGUGUGAUUUUUUGCACUGCACAUCGCUACAGUGUCAAAAGUAAGCUUUCAAAUUUGGAAAGUAAAAAUACAAGUUUUGUUAAUAUUUCAUCCUCUCUCCAUUUGAUGCUGUUAUUUAAUGGCAAGCGCUUGUUCACUGACUUUGAUUGUUUUAUCUAUUUCGCCGAUGGGAAAAUUGUUCAAAGUAUGGGUCACGCGCUCUGAAAUGUCAGCAAAAGUUUCAUGUGUUAUUUGUUGGUCGAAUCGUAGCAGGUGAAAUUCCCGUUUUCUGGCUAAUCUCCUUGACGGAGACGUCCUUCUCGUCCGCCAAAACCGUAAUGUAUGCCUGCUCCGCUGCACUCAAAGCGCGCGUAAAACCCUGCGUGGAAAAUGAAAUUCACAGACGUUCACGAUUGGUUACUUGAAUCAAGAAAGACAUCCAAGUUGAUUUUCUUGUCAUCGCCUCCUCUGUUGUCAGUUAUUUUCCAUUAAUUAUCUACUUUUCUGUGAAAUGUACGAAAAAAAUAAAGAACAGAUUUAUGUGCCCGCAUUAAAUGCUCAAAAUCGACUUUUCCAGUCAAAUACAAUCCUGGACAAAACUACUUGAGAAAAUGUUUUCAUUAAUGUGCACUACCUAACGCAACAAAACUACUUCUAAAUCAACGGCUUUGCGUAAAGAAAACCCCUCCCCAGUUCAAAGUUGCUUCCUACAAAUGCUUAGGGAUCCGGCUUUCUUUUGAAGACCCAACAACACUGCUUCCAGGGGAGAGGGGAGGGAAGAAUGGGUCGGCUACGAAGUUUAGAAAAAAUGACCCCCAAGAAGGCAAUUUUCUCAACAGUUUUGUCCAAGAUUGUAUAUAAGGUGAUUCGCGUUUUUAGCAAGAAUAUUAACACGGACAAAACGGAAACCUACCAAUAAAAAGCACUUUACAGAAGCUCCUUUAAGCACAAAGUUUCACGGCACACCAUCUUCUCAUAGAAAAGUACCACCUCAUACACGUUUUUGGCUGUACCCUCUUAAAACAGUAAGAUUUUGCGAUAGCCGUAGAACGCGUGCUCAUUGUUACAUGUUUUCGUGUUGUUCAAACCUGGCAGGCUUGGAAAGUGUGGAAAGUGAUUUAUAGUUUUCAGAAGAGUCAGGAAAAGACUUGGAUGACGGUUUUCUUAGAAGAAAAGAAGUUCGUAGUGUUUAUUUAGUGACGUAUAGUGAAGCCAAUAUGGAAACGUAUCCCGUCACGUGGAAACUGCUUCUCAAAUCCUAAAAUUCGCUAAACUAUGAAGGUUACAGAAACCUCGUUUGCUACAAAUCGGUUAACUUUUUAUAAUAAUUCCAUGGAUAGAAUAAUGUUACGAUUAACAAAGCAUUGAAACGGUUAACACCAUUUCGUUUUUAAAAGUAAAUGACCUUCUGAUUCUUUUCACACGUCCUUGUUAAUCGUUGUUAACCGUUGCGAAUCUUGGUAGCACCCUGAAAAUGUCCUGUUAAUCGUUCCGAAUCUUAGAUAUUGUGGAGAGAAAGAGAUUAGAAGACAACUAUGGCAAUUUUUACUAUCUCUUGCUUUACAAAUGAUGAAUUUAUCUCAUAAUUUCUUCCAGUCAUAUGUAAGCUAUAAAUAGCCCGAGGGCAAAACAUGCACUCUUACAGGUCACACGAUAGUACAUCUUGUCACGUUACCGCGCGUGACAUUUCUAGAUUUCAUAGUGUGAUUUUUUGCACUGCACAUCGCUACAGUGUCAAAAGUAAGCUUUCAAAUUUGGAAAGUAAAAAUACAAGUUUUGUUAAUAUUUCAUCCUCUCUCCAUUUGAUGCUGUUAUUUAAUGGCAAGCGCUUGUUCACUGACUUUGAUUGUUUUAUCUAUUUCGCCGAUGGGAAAAUUGUUCAAAGUAUGGGUCACGCGCUCUGAAAUGUCAGCAAAAGUUUCAUGUGUUAUUUGUUGGUCGAAUCGUAGCAGGUGAAAUUCCCGUUUUCUGGCUAAUCUCCUUGACGGAGACGUCCUUCUCGUCCGCCAAAACCGUAAUGUAUGCCUGCUCCGCUGCACUCAAAGCGCGCGUAAAAACCCUGCGUGGAAAAUGAAAUUCACAGACGUUCACGAUUGGUUACUUGAAUCAAGAAAGACAUCCAAGUUGAUUUUCUUGUCAUCGCCUCCUCUGUUGUCAGUUAUUUUCCAUUAAUUAUCUACUUUUCUGUGAAAUGUACGAAAAAAUAAAGAACAGAUUUAUGUGCCCGCAUUAAAUGCUCAAAAUCGACUUUUCCAGUCAAAUACAAUCCUGGACAAAACUACUUGAGAAAAUGUUUUCAUUAAUGUGCACUACCUAACGCAACAAAACUACUUCUAAAUCAACGGCUUUGCGUAAAGAAAACCCCCUCCCCCAGUUCAAAGUUGCUUCCUACAAAUGCUUAGGGAUCCGGCUUUCUUUUGAAGACCCAACAACACUGCUUCCAGGGGGAGAGGGGGAGGGAAGAAUGGGUCGGCUACGAAGUUUAGAAAAAAUGACCCCCAAGAAGGCAAUUUUCUCAACAGUUUUGUCCAAGAUUGUAUAUAAGGUGAUUCGCGUUUUUUAGCAAGAAUAUUAACACGGACAAAACGGAAACCUACCAAUAAAAAGCACUUUACAGAAGCUCCUUUAAGCACAAAGUUUCACGGCACACCAUCUUCUCAUAGAAAAGUACCACCUCAUACACGUUUUUGGCUGUACCCUCUUAAAACAGUAAGAUUUUGCGAUAGCCGUAGAACGCGUGCUCAUUGUUACAUGUUUUCGUGUUGUUCAAACCUGGCAGGCUUGGAAAGUGUGGAAAGUGAUUUAUAGUUUUCAGAAGAGUCAGGAAAAGACUUGGAUGACGGUUUUCUUAGAAGAAAAGAAGUUCGUAGUGUUUAUUUAGUGACGUAUAGUGAAGCCAAUAUGGAAACGUAUCCCGUCACGUGGAAACUGCUUCUCAAAUCCUAAAAUUCGCUAAACUAUGAAGGUUACAGAAACCUCGUUUGCUACAAAUCGGUUAACUUUUUAUAAUAAUUCCAUGGAUAGAAUAAUGUUACGAUUAACAAAGCAUUGAAACGGUUAACACCAUUUCGUUUUUUUAAAAGUAAAUGACCUUCUGAUUCUUUUCACACGUCCUUGUUAAUCGUUGUUAACCGUUGCGAAUCUUGGUAGCACCCUAAAAAUGUCCUGUUAAUCGUUCCGAAUCUUAGAUAUUGUGGAGAGAAAGAGAUUAGAAGACAACUAUGGCAAUUUUACUAUCUCUUGCUUUACAAAUGAUGAAUUUAUCUCAUAAUUUCUUCCAGUCAUAUGUAAGCUAUAAAUAGCCCGAGGGCAAAACAUGCACUCUUACAGGUCACACGAUAGUACAUCUUGUCACGUUACCGCGCGUGACAUUUCUAGAUUUCAUAGUGUGAUUUUUUGCACUGCACAUCGCUACAGUGUCAAAAGUAAGCUUUCAAAUUUGGAAAGUAAAAAUACAAGUUUUGUUAAUAUUUCAUCCCUCUCCAUUUGAUGCUGUUAUUUAAUGGCAAGCGCUUGUUCACUGACUUUGAUUGUUUUAUCUAUUUCGCCGAUGGGAAAAUUGUUCAAAGUAUGGGUCACGCGCUCUGAAAUGUCAGCAAAAGUUUCAUGUGUUAUUUGUUGGUCGAAUCGUAGCAGGUGAAAUUCCCGUUUUCUGGCUAAUCUCCUUGACGGAGACGUCCUUCUCGUCCGCCAAAACCGUAAUGUAUGCCUGCUCCGCUGCACUCAAAGCGCGCGUAAAAACCCUGCGUGGAAAAUGAAAUUCACAGACGUUCACGAUUGGUUACUUGAAUCAAGAAAGACAUCCAAGUUGAUUUUCUUGUCAUCGCCUCCUCUGUUGUCAGUUAUUUUCCAUUAAUUAUCUACUUUUCUGUGAAAUGUACGAAAAAAAUAAAGAACAGAUUUAUGUGCCCGCAUUAAAUGCUCAAAAUCGACUUUUCCAGUCAAAUACAAUCCUGGACAAAACUACUUGAGAAAAUGUUUUCAUUAAUGUGCACUACCUAACGCAACAAAACUACUUCUAAAUCAACGGCUUUGCGUAAAGAAAACCCCCUCCCCCAGUUCAAAGUUGCUUCCUACAAAUGCUUAGGGAUCCGGCUUUCUUUUGAAGACCCAACAACACUGCUUCCAGGGGGGAGAGGGGGAGGGAAGAAUGGGUCGGCUACGAAGUUUAGAAAAAAUGACCCCCAAGAAGGCAAUUUUCUCAACAGUUUUGUCCAAGAUUGUAUAUAAGGUGAUUCGCGUUUUUUAGCAAGAAUAUUAACACGGACAAAACGGAAACCUACCAAUAAAAAGCACUUUACAGAAGCUCCUUUAAGCACAAAGUUUCACGGCACACCAUCUUCUCAUAGAAAAGUACCACCUCAUACACGUUUUUGGCUGUACCCUCUUAAAACAGUAAGAUUUUGCGAUAGCCGUAGAACGCGUGCUCAUUGUUACAUGUUUUCGUGUUGUUCAAACCUGGCAGGCUUGGAAAGUGUGGAAAGUGAUUUAUAGUUUUCAGAAGAGUCAGGAAAAGACUUGGAUGACGGUUUUCUUAGAAGAAAAGAAGUUCGUAGUGUUUAUUUAGUGACGUAUAGUGAAGCCAAUAUGGAAACGUAUCCCGUCACGUGGAAACUGCUUCUCAAAUCCUAAAAUUCGCUAAACUAUGAAGGUUACAGAAACCUCGUUUGCUACAAAUCGGUUAACUUUUUAUAAUAAUUCCAUGGAUAGAAUAAUGUUACGAUUAACAAAGCAUUGAAACGGUUAACACCAUUUCGUUUUUAAAAGUAAAUGACCUUCUGAUUCUUUUCACACGUCCUUGUUAAUCGUUGUUAACCGUUGCGAAUCUUGGUAGCACCCUAAAAAUGUCCUGUUAAUCGUUCCGAAUCUUAGAUAUUGUGGAGAGAAAGAGAUUAGAAGACAACUAUGGCAUUUUUACUAUCUCUUGCUUUACAAAUGAUGAAUUUAUCUCAUAAUUUCUUCCAGUCAUAUGUAAGCUAUAAAUAGCCCGAGGGCAAAACAUGCACUCUUACAGGUCACACGAUAGUACAUCUUGUCACGUUACCGCGCGUGACAUUUCUAGAUUUCAUAGUGUGAUUUUUGCACUGCACAUCGCUACAGUGUCAAAAGUAAGCUUUCAAAUUUGGAAAGUAAAAUACAAGUUUUGUUAAUAUUUCAUCCUCUCUCCAUUUGAUGCUGUUAUUUAAUGGCAAGCGCUUGUUCACUGACUUUGAUUGUUUUAUCUAUUUCGCCGAUGGGAAAAUUGUUCAAAGUAUGGGUCACGCGCUCUGAAAUGUCAGCAAAAGUUUCAUGUGUUAUUUGUUGGUCGAAUCGUAGCAGGUGAAAUUCCCGUUUUCUGGCUAAUCUCCUUGACGGAGACGUCCUUCUCGUCCGCCAAAACCGUAAUGUAUGCCUGCUCCGCUGCACUCAAAGCGCGCGUAAAAACCCUGCGUGGAAAAUGAAAUUCACAGACGUUCACGAUUGGUUACUUGAAUCAAGAAAGACAUCCAAGUUGAUUUUCUUGUCAUCGCCUCCUCUGUUGUCAGUUAUUUUCCAUUAAUUAUCUACUUUUCUGUGAAAUGUACGAAAAAAAUAAAGAACAGAUUUAUGUGCCCGCAUUAAAUGCUCAAAAUCGACUUUUCCAGUCAAAUACAAUCCUGGACAAAACUACUUGAGAAAAUGUUUUCAUUAAUGUGCACUACCUAACGCAACAAAACUACUUCUAAAUCAACGGCUUUGCGUAAAGAAAACCCCCUCCCCCAGUUCAAAGUUGCUUCCUACAAAUGCUUAGGGAUCCGGCUUUCUUUUGAAGACCCAACAACACUGCUUCCAGGGGGAGAGGGGGAGGGAAGAAUGGGUCGGCUACGAAGUUUAGAAAAAAUGACCCCCAAGAAGGCAAUUUUCUCAACAGUUUUGUCCAAGAUUGUAUAUAAGGUGAUUCGCGUUUUUUAGCAAGAAUAUUAACACGGACAAAACGGAAACCUACCAAUAAAAAGCACUUUACAGAAGCUCCUUUAAGCACAAAGUUUCACGGCACACCAUCUUCUCAUAGAAAAGUACCACCUCAUACACGUUUUUGGCUGUACCCUCUUAAAACAGUAAGAUUUUGCGAUAGCCGUAGAACGCGUGCUCAUUGUUACAUGUUUUCGUGUUGUUCAAACCUGGCAGGCUUGGAAAGUGUGGAAAGUGAUUUAUAGUUUUCAGAAGAGUCAGGAAAAGACUUGGAUGACGGUUUUCUUAGAAGAAAAGAAGUUCGUAGUGUUUAUUUAGUGACGUAUAGUGAAGCCAAUAUGGAAACGUAUCCCGUCACGUGGAAACUGCUUCUCAAAUCCUAAAAUUCGCUAAACUAUGAAGGUUACAGAAACCUCGUUUGCUACAAAUCGGUUAACUUUUUAUAAUAAUUCCAUGGAUAGAAUAAUGUUACGAUUAACAAAGCAUUGAAACGGUUAACACCAUUUCGUUUUUAAAAGUAAAUGACCUUCUGAUUCUUUUCACACGUCCUUGUUAAUCGUUGUUAACCGUUGCGAAUCUUGGUAGCACCCUAAAAAAAUGUCCUGUUAAUCGUUCCGAAUCUUAGAUAUUGUGGAGAGAAAGAGAUUAGAAGACAACUAUGGCAAUUUUUACUAUCUCUUGCUUUACAAAUGAUGAAUUUAUCUCAUAAUUUCUUCCAGUCAUAUGUAAGCUAUAAAUAGCCCGAGGGCAAAACAUGCACUCUUACAGGUCACACGAUAGUACAUCUUGUCACGUUACCGCGCGUGACAUUUCUAGAUUUCAUAGUGUGAUUUUUUGCACUGCACAUCGCUACAGUGUCAAAAGUAAGCUUUCAAAUUUGGAAAGUAAAAAUACAAGUUUUGUUAAUAUUUCAUCCCUCUCCAUUUGAUGCUGUUAUUUAAUGGCAAGCGCUUGUUCACUGACUUUGAUUGUUUUAUCUAUUUCGCCGAUGGGAAAAUUGUUCAAAGUAUGGGUCACGCGCUCUGAAAUGUCAGCAAAAGUUUCAUGUGUUAUUUGUUGGUCGAAUCGUAGCAGGUGAAAUUCCCGUUUUCUGGCUAAUCUCCUUGACGGAGACGUCCUUCUCGUCCGCCAAAACCGUAAUGUAUGCCUGCUCCGCUGCACUCAAAAAGCGCGUAAAAACCCUGCGUGGAAAAUGAAAUUCACAGACGUUCACGAUUGGUUACUUGAAUCAAGAAAGACAUCCAAGUUGAUUUUCUUGUCAUCGCCUCCUCUGUUGUCAGUUAUUUUCCAUUAAUUAUCUACUUUUCUGUGAAAUGUACGAAAAAAAAUAAAGAACAGAUUUAUGUGCCCGCAUUAAAUGCUCAAAAUCGACUUUUCCAGUCAAAUACAAUCCUGGACAAAACUACUUGAGAAAAUGUUUUCAUUAAUGUGCACUACCUAACGCAACAAAACUACUUCUAAAUCAACGGCUUUUAAAGAAAAACCCCCUCCCCAGUUCAAAGUUGCUUCCUACAAAUGCUUAGGGAUCCGGCUUUCUUUUGAAGACCCAACAACACUGCUUCAGGGGAGAGGGGAGGGAAGAAUGGGUCGGCUACGAAGUUUAGAAAAAAUGACCCCCAAGAAGGCAAUUUUCUCAACAGUUUUGUCCAAGAUUGUAUAUAAGGUGAUUCGCGUUUUUAGCAAGAAUAUUAACACGGACAAAACGGAAACCUACCAAUAAAAAGCACUUUACAGAAGCUCCUUUAAGCACAAAGUUUCACGGCACACCAUCUUCUCAUAGAAAAGUACCACCUCAUACACGUUUUUGGCUGUACCCUCUUAAAACAGUAAGAUUUUGCGAUAGCCGUAGAACGCGUGCUCAUUGUUACAUGUUUUCGUGUUGUUCAAACCUGGCAGGCUUGGAAAGUGUGGAAAGUGAUUUAUAGUUUUCAGAAGAGUCAGGAAAAGACUUGGAUGACGGUUUUCUUAGAAGAAAAGAAGUUCGUAGUGUUUAUUUAGUGACGUAUAGUGAAGCCAAUAUGGAAACGUAUCCCGUCACGUGGAAACUGCUUCUCAAAUCCUAAAAUUCGCUAAACUAUGAAGGUUACAGAAACCUCGUUUGCUACAAAUCGGUUAACUUUUUAUAAUAAUUCCAUGGAUAGAAUAAUGUUACGAUUAACAAAGCAUUGAAACGGUUAACACCAUUUCGUUUUUAAAAGUAAAUGACCUUCUGAUUCUUUUCACACGUCCUUGUUAAUCGUUGUUAACCGUUGCGAAUCUUGGUAGCACCCUAAAAAUGUCCUGUUAAUCGUUCCGAAUCUUAGAUAUUGUGGAGAGAAAGAGAUUAGAAGACAACUAUGGCAAUUUUUACUAUCUCUUGCUUUACAAAUGAUGAAUUUAUCUCAUAAUUUCUUCCAGUCAUAUGUAAGCUAUAAAUAGCCCGAGGGCAAAACAUGCACUCUUACAGGUCACACGAUAGUACAUCUUGUCACGUUACCGCGCGUGACAUUUCUAGAUUUCAUAGUGUGAUUUUUUGCACUGCACAUCGCUACAGUGUCAAAAGUAAGCUUUCAAAUUUGGAAAGUAAAAAUACAAGUUUUGUUAAUAUUUCAUCCUCUCUCCAUUUGAUGCUGUUAUUUAAUGGCAAGCGCUUGUUCACUGACUUUGAUUGUUUUAUCUAUUUCGCCGAUGGGAAAAUUGUUCAAAGUAUGGGUCACGCGCUCUGAAAUGUCAGCAAAAGUUUCAUGUGUUAUUUGUUGGUCGAAUCGUAGCAGGUGAAAUUCCCGUUUUCUGGCUAAUCUCCUUGACGGAGACGUCCUUCUCGUCCGCCAAAACCGUAAUGUAUGCCUGCUCCGCUGCACUCAAAGCGCGUAAAAACCCUGCGUGGAAAAUGAAAUUCACAGACGUUCACGAUUGGUUACUUGAAUCAAGAAAGACAUCCAAGUUGAUUUUCUUGUCAUCGCCUCCUCUGUUGUCAGUUAUUUUCCAUUAAUUAUCUACUUUUCUGUGAAAUGUACGAAAAAAAAUAAAGAACAGAUUUAUGUGCCCGCAUUAAAUGCUCAAAAUCGACUUUUCCAGUCAAAUACAAUCCUGGACAAAACUACUUGAGAAAAUGUUUUCAUUAAUGUGCACUACCUAACGCAACAAAACUACUUCUAAAUCAACGGCUUUGCGAAAAAAACCCCUCCCCAGUUCAAAGUUGCUUCCUACAAAUGCUUAGGGAUCCGGCUUUCUUUUGAAGACCCAACAACACUGCUUCCAGGGGGAGAGGGGGAGGGAAGAAUGGGUCGGCUACGAAGUUUAGAAAAAAUGACCCCCAAGAAGGCAAUUUUCUCAACAGUUUUGUCCAAGAUUGUAUAUAAGGUGAUUCGCGUUUUUUAGCAAGAAUAUUAACACGGACAAAACGGAAACCUACCAAUAAAAAGCACUUUACAGAAGCUCCUUUAAGCACAAAGUUUCACGGCACACCAUCUUCUCAUAGAAAAGUACCACCUCAUACACGUUUUUGGCUGUACCCUCUUAAAACAGUAAGAUUUUGCGAUAGCCGUAGAACGCGUGCUCAUUGUUACAUGUUUUCGUGUUGUUCAAACCUGGCAGGCUUGGAAAGUGUGGAAAGUGAUUUAUAGUUUUCAGAAGAGUCAGGAAAAGACUUGGAUGACGGUUUUCUUAGAAGAAAAGAAGUUCGUAGUGUUUAUUUAGUGACGUAUAGUGAAGCCAAUAUGGAAACGUAUCCCGUCACGUGGAAACUGCUUCUCAAAUCCUAAAAUUCGCUAAACUAUGAAGGUUACAGAAACCUCGUUUGCUACAAAUCGGUUAACUUUUUAUAAUAAUUCCAUGGAUAGAAUAAUGUUACGAUUAACAAAGCAUUGAAACGGUUAACACCAUUUCGUUUUUAAAAGUAAAUGACCUUCUGAUUCUUUUCACACGUCCUUGUUAAUCGUUGUUAACCGUUGCGAAUCUUGGUAGCACCUAAAAAUGUCCUGUUAAUCGUUCCGAAUCUUAGAUAUUGUGGAGAGAAAGAGAUUAGAAGACAACUAUGGCAAUUUUUACUAUCUCUUGCUUUACAAAUGAUGAAUUUAUCUCAUAAUUUCUUCCAGUCAUAUGUAAGCUAUAAAUAGCCCGAGGGCAAAACAUGCACUCUUACAGGUCACACGAUAGUACAUCUUGUCACGUUACCGCGCGUGACAUUUCUAGAUUUCAUAGUGUGAUUUUUUUGCACUGCACAUCGCUACAGUGUCAAAAGUAAGCUUUCAAAUUUGGAAAGUAAAAAUACAAGUUUUGUUAAUAUUUCAUCCUCUCUCCAUUUGAUGCUGUUAUUUAAUGGCAAGCGCUUGUUCACUGACUUUGAUUGUUUUAUCUAUUUCGCCGAUGGGAAAAUUGUUCAAAGUAUGGGUCACGCGCUCUGAAAUGUCAGCAAAAAGUUUCAUGUGUUAUUUGUUGGUCGAAUCGUAGCAGGUGAAAUUCCCGUUUUCUGGCUAAUCUCCUUGACGGAGACGUCCUUCUCGUCCGCCAAAACCGUAAUGUAUGCCUGCUCCGCUGCACUCAAAGCGCGCGUAAAAACCCUGCGUGGAAAAUGAAAUUCACAGACGUUCACGAUUGGUUACUUGAAUCAAGAAAGACAUCCAAGUUGAUUUUCUUGUCAUCGCCUCCUCUGUUGUCAGUUAUUUUCCAUUAAUUAUCUACUUUUCUGUGAAAUGUACGAAAAAAAUAAAGAACAGAUUUAUGUGCCCGCAUUAAAUGCUCAAAAUCGACUUUUCCAGUCAAAUACAAUCCUGGACAAAACUACUUGAGAAAAUGUUUUCAUUAAUGUGCACUACCUAACGCAACAAAACUACUUCUAAAUCAACGGCUUUGCGUAAAGAAAACCCCCUCCCCCAGUUCAAAGUUGCUUCCUACAAAUGCUUAGGGAUCCGGCUUUCUUUUGAAGACCCAACAACACUGCUUCCAGGGGGAGAGGGGGAGGGAAGAAUGGGUCGGCUACGAAGUUUAGAAAAAAUGACCCCCAAGAAGGCAAUUUUCUCAACAGUUUUGUCCAAGAUUGUAGACGGAGAACCGCUCCCAUGGCUGGCAAUUCCCGCAACCAAGCAAUGAGCCCCCAUCCCCGUACCGAGUUGUCCGGGACCCGUCCGGAUGCCUGGGAUGUCUGGGAGUCGCUUCUGUGACCAACCAGCCCCUAGAAAGAGAACCGCUCCCAUGGCUGGUAAUCCCCGCCGGCAACCAAGCCAUAGGCCCCACCCAGCACCGGGUUGGGGGCACCCGUCACACUGUGUUUACAGUGGAAAUUAAGGGAAUGUUGAAGAAGGGGCAAAAAGAAGUAAUAACCAGUGUUCUCACCAGGAUUUUGCCUUGGGGAGUCCCAGGGCCCCUCUUCUGAGAAAUAGGGGCCCUGUAAGAACAUUAGGGGGACAAAGUUACAAAAAACACGCGGUACGAAGAACCUGAGCCCGCACUCCAAAUUGUCUGUUACAUGAAGUACCUACCUGAUCCAAUAUGGCGGAAGAGGUGUUUACGAUUCGGAGGAGGAGUUUACGAUCAUAGUGGGACGUGCGUGGGACCAAUGAAAGUAAAGGCAACAAAAUUAAAGACUUUGACUCAUUUGAUAUCAUGUUUUUUAUUUAUUCAAACAAACAGAAUGCUUUAGUGUUUGGUUGACCAUUAAAACUACUUAAGUCUGUUUGACUCGUAGCUUGCCCCUGCGCCCUAACGGGCGCAUCUUCUUGGUUUUAAUGCGCCAUUUCAGUUUUUCUUGCGGGAAUCCCGCAAGGCCGCGGCCUGGUGAGAACACUGAAUAACGCACCCCACAGAAAAAAGCCGCCACGCUUCAACGCGCUGAAACGUCCUUUGAGGGUACGACCAUGCCAAGUGCUCGGAGCAUGCGCUGAAAUCUGCUGUCGCUGACCGCCAUGAGCAUAUCGGCUGCUCUUUGUUGUUAACUAGUUAAAUUGUAUUUAACGGCAAUUAGCGGCUGCUCGGUUUGGCUUCUAAAAUACGUUAAAGUGAUACUGGGUUCUUGGAACUUAAGGCUGUAGCUUGUUAACUCGUAAUGUUGUAAACAGUAGUCUUAAAGCCAAACGCGCAUCAAUCUAUCAGUUAAUAUGGAUUUCUGACAGUGAAAGAAGAAUAAAUGCUGCCUUGCAACCAUCGAGAUGUGCCGUGUGCGUCUUAUAAUUUGUGAACUGUGCCAUAGAGGAAAAAGGGAGUGCUGUUAGGCGCCUUUCGUUGUCGCCUUUUAAAAAGGGAGUGGGGGUUUGUCAGUUCUCCGCGUUUACCAUCAAGUUAUUAUUUGAAGUGGAGGCAUGCAUAUUGGGACUGGCCACCUUGCCUGGGUGACAGAGUAGUGCUAUUGAGCGCUACUGUUUUCUCCGUGCUCGGUAACUUCUAGUGCAUGUAAAUAACCGUCUCGCUUUUAAUCUUGCUUAGUAGUAGCAGGGGAGUGCUUUUAAGCGCUAGUAAAACACCCUUGCGCUUUUAAAACGCCUUCCUUUUCACCUCAAUUUCUCCGAAAAGUUCGUCGCUUUUUAGAUGUUUUUAAAUAUUUUGAUUGAGGCUAGCAAGGGAGUGCUGUUAAGCGCUACUAUACAACCCAUGCUUGGCAUCCUCUUAGUAUCUGAAGAAUACUUCACCUCCCCUCUACUUCCUCACCAAUUUCACUUGACAAUCAGUCAAAUCGUCAAGACGUAAAUAUUGUUUUAACCCUUUAAGCCCCAAUAUCCACUUAAAAAUUCUCCAAACUGAUCUCCAUACACUUCCGUAAAGAAUUAGUUGGGAGAAUUUGAUAUAAGAUCAAAGCAUUUUCCCUGAGGUGAUCAUUUUAUUAAAUCUAAUAACCUUUUCUUUUGAUAAUGUACUGAUAUUACGUGGAGAAAAUUCAUGUUGAUCACUCUUGGGACAUAAAAGGUUAAUCUGAUGAUAAUGGUUGAUGUUAGGAGAGGAGUGCUUUUAAGCGCUACAAUUUUACCUUAGGGUUGCCAUGACCUUCUCAGUAGCUGACAAACAUGUGCACCCCUCCCUGUACCUCUUCCCCCCAAACCUCCCUUGAUAGGUAGUGAUUGAAGAUUUAAAUCCUGCUUCACUCAUAGCAACGUUGAAAAACAGUGCUUUUAAGCGCUACGAUUUUACCUAAGGGUUGUCAAGAACUUCUCAGUGGCUGACAAACAUGUGCACCCCUCCCCGUACCUCUUCCCCCAAACCUCGCUUGAUACAUAUAGUGAGUGAAGAUUUAAAUCCUGUCUCAGUCAUCGCAAAGUUGAAAAACAGUGCUUUUAAGCGCUAUUUUACCAUCCCUUGUUUCAGUGCGUCUUUCAGUAGUUGGAUAUUUGGUAUAUAUAAACGUCUGUUUUAUCUUAUUGACGUUUUACUUCUUAGUUUUAUCUCCAAAUAAAUAAUUUUCUUAUCCAAGUUAUACGGCGAGUGCUUGUAGGCGCUAUGUGAACGCCGUAAAUUGAAUGGCCCAACUCUAAGAAGAGUGCUUUUAAGCGCUUAAUCAGGCGGACAACUCUGUCUCCAUCACUCGAUUCUAUUGUCUUUUGACAUGCGGUUGAAACCUGUUUUUAAAGAUUUUUAUUUUUUUAAGAGAUUUUUAUGACGCCUUUAAAAGCUUUUUUUAUUCCAGUUACUCUGUUUUUAUUGGUUUUAGUCUCAGGGAAAUGAAUGUGGUUGAGCAGGAAGGAAAUAUGUCGUAAAACGCCGUUUUAACUCCUGCAAUCUUAACAUCAGUCCUCAAUUCCGUUUCGUGUGAAGUGAUUCUGUCGUUUCUGUUCGGGUCUUGAGGGGAAUUCCUCUUGAGAUACUAGACUGUGAGCCUCGAAGAAAGAUCAUUCCACAUUGUGCUUCCUCUUAAUAAUUGUCUGGUCUGCCUUUGUAUUACUUCUUUGAGUUGGGCCGUUUUUCACCUGCCAUUUUGGAGUUAACUGUCUAACUUCCUCUUCGCUGUAUUCUUUUGGUUCAAGGGUAUCAGCUGACAGAGAUCCCGAAUGUAUUCCUUACGAUCAACAACUCCCAAUUCGCACUGGUGCGGGCCGCGCAAGUCACGUGACGAUGCCCUUUUCUGAAGCCCCGGAUAUAACGCAUGCGUCUCUUCGUUGAGAAGAUAAACUGAACCUACGAUCUCGCUGGACACUGCAUUUGAAAAAAAAUAACGCUUUUCAACUUUCUUCUUUCUGCUUAUAUUUAUAAACAUUAUUUUGAAGCAGUAUUUAUUAUCAAUUUUUUUUAUUGCUGUUUCAAUGCAUUUGAAGACUCGUACUUUUUGAUAUUUUUGCAGGAACUUUUGAAGUAUUUUUAAAUUGCUUUUACUUUUAUUCAAUCUUUUCCAAGCUCAUACUUCCCAGUUUUCUUCUUCUUUUACUCAUGCGUGUAUUCACUUUUCGCGAGCGCUUAAUUUAUAUUCAUGUAUUUAAUCCAAUGCUUGUUAGAAGGUCGUCCAAGAAAGUCAUUCGUGAUUACUGUGUGCCAAAGUCCAAAUAUUAUACUUAUAACUCGAAGGUAUUUUUUAUACUAUAUUUAAUAUAUUGAUACUUGUAACAUGUAUAUAUUUAUAAGUAAGAUUAUUUUACCUAGAACGUGAGAACUGUUUGGCGGUGGUUUUAUACUUGGUCUUUUGUAAAUAGAUACUUUGAAAAUGCUUAGAUAAUUGACAGAUUAACGUGACAGUUGUUGUGCUCAACGUAACAGUUGUUGCACUGUCACGAGUUUUAUGCCCGGCCUGGCAUUUCACCGAAGGAAGGGCAUAAUAUUUAUAGUUUUCCUGCGGCUAAAUGUACACGCAAGUUCUAUCUAUUCUUUCAUGUAACGUUAUACAGUGUGGUGUAAUGAGUAGAAACUUUUUUGUCAAUAAAAAUACCCUAUUCACCAUACCUGCCAUCUUUGCACUCGCUUUAGGACGUUGACAGAUUAAUGGUUCGUACACAAAGUAAGGGUUAGGGUUAGGGUUGUUGCUAUAUACACUCAAAUCAAACCAUAUAUUAGGGCCAUUUAUACGAGGAAAAAUAAGACGCGUCUUACAUAAGACGCGCCUUAAAUAAGACGCGAACUUUCCGUAUAAACAGCACAUUUCGUCUAAAAUAAGACGCGUAUUAGCUAAGUCGCGUCUUAUUUUAGACGAAAUGUGCUGUUUAUACGGAAAGUUCGCGUCUUAUGUAAGACGCCUCUUAUUUUUCCUCGUAUAAAUGGCCCUAUUGUCAGCAAAUCCUCGGUACUGUAGGGGUUAUGCACUGCAGAGCCGAUGCUCAGAGAUCGAAUCUUACUCUUGUCAUCCUGAAUUUUUUUUCCUUAAAAAUUGAAGAGACCAAGAGUUUUAUGAACAGAAUUUUCAAGAGUCAGAGAAAUUUCAUGUAAGAAAAGUGAAAUGUCUUGUGAGAGCCACUGAGAGGAAAAUGUCGGUUUGGCGGAUGGAAACAAGUGACGACCUUUAGGAUGGACGGGAUAGAAGCAAUGUCACGUGGUAUAUCAGGGGGCAAACAGGUGAUAAAAUUUGCCAAUAGAGCAAUCGCGGUCGAGUUUGUUUAUUCUCUGGAAACGUGAGGACGAUAGGUUUUACAUUAUUAUUGCAUGCUGUGAGGACAUCUAGAUGAUUGCUUCCAAAAAAGGAGCAAUGAUCUCUUCUACCCAUAACUUGCCAUUAUCGUUUUUAAGGUAAACGUUUGUUCACUUUUUGCCGUCUAGAAUAAACAACUCGACCGCGAUUUCUUGAACUGGCAAAUGAUUUCACUCGUUUGCCCCUGAGAAACCACGUGACAUCAAUCCGUGAGCGUGCGCAAAGAUGGCUGGUAUUGUGAAUAAGGUCUAUUUGCACUGUGGAUUUUGAAUGCCACUUUCCCUGGAGCACAUUUUGCUUACUUAAGUAAAUA